CUUCACUACCACCAGCUGGAGUGAUGAUCUUUUAGUUGGGCUUCCUCUUGGAACAGCAGUUUCCAACUUCUUUCUGUGUUAAUACAAUUAUUGAACUGAGAACAGUGUUGCUGUGUGUUCUGCAGUGUUACAGAAUAGAGAAGUGAGGCAUGGACGGGGAAUUCUCACUGGAAAGCUACCUGGACCAGUGUACGAGCCAGGAUGACCUGCCGUCAACCAGCCCCCCAGUCUAUGCUCCCAUGAGCCCCUUUGUGACAGACCUGCCUCUCUCCUCAUCCCUGGGUACACCGUUUAGUUCCCCGCCUGACCGGAACAAAGACUUCUCAGUGGACCUCAGUUUCCUGCCUGACUACUUUGGCCAGGAUCACAAAGAUGAAGGUGACAGCAUGUUGGGAGGAGAUCAACGCAGCCCUCAACUGGGAACACAGGACAGCGGCAUCUUCUUGGACGACAGUGACUUGUCCCAAAAUAGGGAUGAAAAUGGAACUCAGCCGUUGUUGGAUGGGUCUGGACCCCGUCUUCCCAUGACUCCGAUGACCCCGAUGACCCCCACUUCCGAAGGUUCCUCUGGCAUUGUUCCACAGUUACAGAAUAUAGUGGCCACCGUAAACUUGGCUUGUAAGCUGGACCUCAAGAACAUAGCCCUUCAGGCGCGCAAUGCAGAAUACAACCCAAAGAGGUUUGCUGCUGUGAUCAUGAGAAUUAGAGAACCAAGAACAACAGCCCUUAUUUUUAGCUCUGGAAAAAUGGUCUGCACAGGAGCAAAAAGUGAAGAACAGUCACGACUGGCAGCCAGGAAGUAUGCUCGUGUGGUACAGAAACUCGGGUUCCCUGCUAAAUUCCUGGAUUUCAAAAUACAGAACAUGGUAGGCAGCUGCGAUGUGAGGUUCCCCAUCCGGCUGGAAGGCUUGGUCCUAACUCAUCAGCAGUUCAGUAGCUAUGAACCAGAACUGUUUCCUGGCCUUAUCUACAGAAUGGUCAAACCACGGAUUGUAUUGCUUAUCUUCGUGUCUGGAAAAGUUGUAUUAACCGGUGCCAAAGACCGUUCUGAAAUAUAUGAAGCAUUUGAAAACAUCUAUCCAAUCCUGAAGGGUUUCAAGAAAGCGUCUUAAAUUCUUGUCUCUAACUAUGUAUACAUUUAAGCAAGUCUUAAGCAUUAAGCACAAAUUCUUCCUCAAACACUCAGAUUGGUUGUUGAUGGUUGCACACAGUUUAUCUUCUGUUAUUUGUCUCCAUCAGUCUGCUGUAUCAUAUUUUUGCUGUGAAUUCUUUGAAGAGAAGUCAAUGCAUUUACUAAAUAAAAAAAAACAGUUGGCAUCAGAA